AUCACCAUCAACUACCUGCUGGAGACACUCGUCAAGUGCUCCCUCACAGGCGAGUGGACCCACCCACCUGCAGAUGAUGUGGUCGGAGCUCUGGACCUCGGUGGGGCUUCAACCCAGAUCACAUUCCUUCCUGGGAUCCCCAUAGAUGACAACAGCACGAGAGCCCUCCUCAGGCUGUACGGGACCAACUACUCCAUUUACACCCACAGCUACCUCUGCUAUGGGCAAAAGCAAGCCCUGAAGAUGCUGAUGGCAUCCUUACACCAGGACAGCCUAUCUCCCCAGCAGAUAUCGCAUCCCUGCUACCCCAGGGGAUAUCAGGAGAACAUCACCAUGGCAGACCUCUACGACAGUCCCUGUGUUCAUGCAGCGAGCACACCCAGCCCUGCACAGGUCCUCACGGUGACGGGGACGGGGGACCCGAUGGCGUGCAGCACCGCUGUCCAGAAACUCUUCAACGUCAGCUGCGGGGCCAACAGGACGUGCGGGUUCGACGGGGUUUAUCAGCCGCCCGUGCGGGGCCAGUUCUUCGCCUUUUCGGGGCUUUAUCACAACCUUCACUUUCUGAACCUGACUGGAGGGCAGGCCCUGAGCUCGGUCAACGCCACCAUCCAUCAAUUCUGCAACAGCAGCUGGGAGAAGGUGCAGGAGCAGUUCCCCACCGUGAACAGGACCCGUCUCCGUGACGCCUGCGCAGCCAGCUCCUACACCCUCACCCUUCUCCUGCAAGGCUACAAGUUCAACAGUGAAACGUGGCUCAACAUCCACUUUGUCCGGCAGGUUGCUAACGUAGAUGUGGGCUGGACGCUAGGCUAUAUGCUCAACCUCACCAACAUGAUUCCCUCAGAUGUUCCCCAGAGAGUCGUUGGGCUCCAAAGAAGCAACUGGAUAGCAGCCACGGUAUUACUGGCCGUCAUGCUCAUCCUCAUCUUCUGCCUCCUCACAGUCAUGUGCUGCCAGAAAAACUCCUACGGUUACGAGAGUCUCUAG